GGUGUUGUAGUCCGGUCGCCCUUUUAGCUGGUCCAGAAACAUCAACUGGCAGGAUGUCGGAGGUGCGGCUGCCACCGCUACGCGCCCUAGAUGAUUUUGUUCUUGGGUCUGCGCGUCUGGCGGCUCCGGAUCCUUGCGACCCGCAGCGAUGGUGUCACCGCGUCAUCAACAACCUCCUCUACUACCAAACCAACUACCUUCUCUGCUUCGGCUUCGGUCUCGCUCUGGCCGGGUAUGUGCGCCCACUUCAUGCGCUCCUAAGCACGCUGGUUGUGGUGGUGGCCCUCGGCGUGCUGGUGUGGGCGGCUGAGACCCGUGCAGCUGUGCGCCGCUGUCGCCGUAGCCACCCUGCCGCUUGCCUGGCCUCAGUGCUUGCCGUCGGUCUCCUCGUUCUCUGGGUUGCAGGCGGCGCCUGCAUCUUCCUGCUCAGCGUUGCUGGGCCAGUGCUUUUGAUCCUGGUGCAUGCCUCACUGCGCCUGCGCAACCUUAAGAACAAGAUUGAGAACAAGAUCGAGAGCAUUGGUCUCAAGCGGACACCAAUGGGCCUGCUACUUGAGGCGCUGGGACAAGAGCAGGAGGCUGGAUCCUAGGAGCCUGGGAUCUGUAUCCAGGACCUGGAGAAUACCACCCCACCACAUACCCGGGACCCAGAGUCCCCUUUAACAGCCCUUAAAAUAGGAACCUAGAGUCCCCUGCCCAGUCAAGAAAAAAAAAUACAAAAACAUCUGUAACCACCCUACCCCCACCCUGUCUCAAACUAGGAUAUUCCUCCCACCCAGUUCCCCAUUAUCUAAAGACCAGGUCUUCCCCAGCCCUGAAAUUGGGCUUAAGACCAGAGCAUCCAUGGCCAAUUUCAAACUGUGGACCCAGAAACAUCCCCUAACCCAAAUCUGGUACCCAUCCUUCUCCCAUACACAGCCCCAAAACAGGGCCUGGGGCAAGACAGUCUCAAACCUUGAACCCUGGACCAAAGCUUUUCUCAGAUCCCACUCAACUUCCAACCAGGUCAAGGCAUUGCCAAAUCUUGAACCCAAAACCCGGUGUUUCCAGCCCCCAUGUGGUGGAGUCAGGUAUCCUGAUUCUACUGAGCCCUUAGACCAAGGUGACUACAAACUUUACCAGUCUCACUUGCCUCCCUUCAGCUCUGCUUAAAGAUUUUGCCCCCACCCCAAUGUUCCAGUGUUGAGGACCAAGGGGUGGAGUGGGGGAGGCCCCAGAAGGGAAUGGGACAUAUAUAUAGAUAUAUAUCAGUAUUGCUGCAACAAUAAAAGCUGUUGCAUCUCUUAAGCCAAUAUGGGCCUCCUGGAAAAGUCCUUCCACAUUUCAAAGGACAAAAGUAGCCUUCUACUUUUCAACUCUAUUAAAAACUUUUCCCGGUG